AUGGAGGCGCCGACUGUCCAGCAUGACUGGACCGGGCUCGUGCGGGGCGCGGCACGGGCCAGCGGGGGCACAUUAUUCACCAAGACCAAAGGCACUGUCCUGGUGGACUCGCUCGUCUUCUUCAAGCGGGCGACCGCGGGGCUGUAUCUCGAGAUCUUCGGCGACCGCAACAGCGCCGGAGAGCGCGUCCACGUCACCCGGGAGAUGUUUCCCCGCUUCACGUACGUCUGGGAACGGUGCACGGGCGACGAGCCGGAGCAGGGUAUGAGUGAAAAGGACCAGGAGAAGCUUUUUGCUGCCCUGGACUCCGUGGAGAAGAAGGGGUACCUCAACGAGGGCUCCAUCGUCGUCGCAGAGAUGUACAUAUCCCGGCACCUCGAGAAGGCGUUCUGCUCCUGGUCCACCAAGAAGUCCUCCGCGGGGCUCGAGCCGCCCAAGUGGGAAAUGAACUCCGCCCAGUUCGCGUCCCUCAUGAGGCACUGCGGCCUCUCCGGCGACGGCCCCGGCCAGGCCCCCGGUCCCCAGGUCGACCUCGCCUUCCUGCACGGCAAGACCUGGCGGACCCACCUCGGGCUGCCCACCGAACGCGGCAACACCAUCGGAUACCUGGAGUUCUGUCUCGCGGUGCACUCCUUCAGUCUCGCGCUCCAGGAGCCCGUGGAGUUCAUCUUCGGCCGCAUCGGCCGCAUGGGCGACCCGAAGUUCCGCCUCAAGGCCGAGGAAAUGAAGCGGAAGAUCUCCGACAGGCACUACGCGGCGCCGCUCUUGCGGCACCGGUCCGACGUCGCGUGGCUGGCGCGGGAGCGCGAGGAGCACGACGACAGCGAGGCGGACUCCGACGGCGAGCACCCCGCGCCGCUCCCGGAGGCCGCGGCCCCCAGCGGCUGGGACAACGUACGCCGCGGCCUGCUGAAGAAGUCCGCGUCCGAUCUCGCGGGGAUCUUCGAUUCGGCGCCGGCGCCCGGGUCGCGCUCGGUGAUCGACGCCGUGUGGCGCAUGUACCAGCGCGAGCCCCACAAGAAGAGCCCCGUAUACAGGACAAUCUGGAUCGUGCACCUGUCGCUGUCGAACGCGGUGUCCGCGCGCUCGAAGCCGCUGAUGAAGCUCUGGGCCUUCAAACAGUUCUGCUGGGAAACGAACCUCCUGGCGUCGGAGCAGCGCAUCGGCGAGGUGUUCCAGGAGGCGGUCCGGCGGUGCCGGCGCAAGUCGAUGGCGUUCGAGGACGCCGACGACAACGACGGCGCGUCGGAGCAGCCGGGCGCGGGCCUGACGUUCAAGCAGCUGUGCGCAGCGCUCGAGAUCAUCGGGCGCAUGUCCCGGCCGCCGCGGUCCCUCGAGGAGAUGGCGAAGGUCACGUGCGACGAGCUCGGCGGGCCGACGGACCUCGACGAGGGCCCGCGGGACUCCGCGCACGACCCGAUGACGUCGUCGCUGUCCAGGGACGCAUCACUCAAGGGCGCGCGGGCCGAGGGCUCGGACACGCCGAAGAGCCCCUCGCGGCAGCCGUCGCUCGCGAGAAUCGCGAGCGUGAAGCUCAGCAGGACGGCGAGCGGCGUGCGGGCGUCCGCUGAGUCGGGCCUGCUGAACGCGAGCCUGCCGGACGAGGCGGAGGGGCGCCCGAGCCCGCAGAUGCAGCGGUUCACGUCGCAGAAGAAGAUCUGGGCCGACAAGUCCGGGCCCGUGAAGCCCGCGCCGCGGCAAAUGCCGCAGAAGAAACGCAGUCGGUUGGAGACCCUGUUCGAAGAAUAUGACGCCCUGUAUGACAAGGUCUCGGGGAAACUGUCGCUCAAGGCGUUCGCGCGAUUCGCGCAGGAUCAGCUUGCCGGCGUGGCGAACAGUCACAGGGGGGACCACGUGUCCUCGCUGUUCAAGAGGGGGUUGGAGCUCGAGGGCGGCGGUGCGACGGCCGUGGGGCUCGAGGCCCUGACGAAGCUGCUCGAGGAGCUCGCGGUGCAGCAGGGCGCGAAGUGUGUUGAGGACCUCCUGGUCGGCUGA